AUGAGCGAGAAUGACAGUGACACAGGCCAAAGAGUUCUAGUUAACGCGACCCCAUCCCCACCAGCUACCUGGCCCCAAAACUGGGAUAAGUCACCCACCACAUCCCAACUUGACCCCACAGCACCCAACAAAACACCAGCAGUAACCACCACUAGAGCUACAAUCACACCGACCCCCGGACCUAUCUGCACCCCAUACGACUCGCAAAUCGACUACAAUGUCCUACCACUACCACCCAACUUCACCUACAAAGUACGAGGCAUGACUAGUGCCCUCCUACACACAAACGUCUCAGAAAGGGGCCAACAAGCCUGGAACAACACUGACGACCACGCUGUAAUCAUCGUACCACUCUACAUGUCAUACACCAUCCCCAAAAGGCAGGAAGCCAGGACCGAAGUCGAAAUCUUCAUCGAACGAGCUUUCCCUGCCUCGGGACCGACCCUUGACAUAAUCCCAGCGGCAAGAGUGGGCAACACAAAUGGCUAUGAACCACACCCUUGGGGGAUUAUGGUGGCAGGCCUCCAAGCACAGGAUGCCGCAACCCUCCUAUUCCAUCAAUUCUGGCUCUCAAAAAAAAUUAGCUUCGCUGCCUACCCCGCAACCCCCUUCACGUCGGAGUGGCUUGGAAACUGGGCCAUCGUGGUGGGAGAAAAACAGAAGACAAAAGUCCUCCAGUGCCUGAAGGAAACCCUCUCCCUCCCUAACUCAGUGAUAGGUCACUACCUCCUGUGCACGGUACCAGACAGCAACGAAUGCCUGGAAAUCGUCAACUCCGCUAGAGUAGAACCCAUCAACGUGACUAGAGGAACUACGACCACCAUCCACUGGAUCUUCCUCGCAAAGAGCCCACACCCAUCUGACACCGAAAAACACCAAAAAUGGGUAAACGCAGCCGAAGCCACGGAAUGUCAGGGACACGUCCGGGGUUGA